ACAAUGACAUCGUAAAAACAGCAAAACACAAUCAAUAAGUGAGACGCUUAGUCCGCAAUACCCUACAGAGAUAAUUGAACUACGAAAUCCAGUCAUCGCAAAGCAUUGGGAUUGAACAUAUACUCACAGACGUUUGACCUUAGUGCUUAACUCAAAAUAUUUGAUAGCUAAGUGGGACGAUUGUGGUUGGUCACUUUCGGGAUAGCCCAAGGACGAGACUCAUAACCUGAAAAGUCGAAAGAACUUAAGUGACGUACAUUUUAUAAUACGACAACACGUAAACUGGAAACUACUUAGUGAAUAUCACUAUUAUAAUUAACUGUUAAAUGAUAUGGACGUGCAAUUGUGGGAUGGUUCAUUGGAUGAUGAGAAAAACGGUACAAACCCUUCGGGAGCUAUAGUUGAAGAAAAUUUUAAUCGAGACAUUCCAAAUGUGAAUUCAAAUAUAAAUGUACGUGAUGGUAUGGAGUACAAGCGAAAGCGAUCCUUUAUAAAAGAGAGGCGUUUUGUAAUAAAUGAUAUGGUUGAAACAGUUGAUUUUGGUCUCCUACCUGAGGGUUGGCUCCAACUACGUCAUAUUUCCGGACUUAAUGUAUAUUUACACAGAUCAAGCCGAGUGGUGACACUUUCAAGACCAUAUUCUAUUGGACCGAGUAGUGUACGUCACCAUCGGAUUCCUGUUUCGGCUAUUCCAUGUUUAGCUUAUCGUAAAGCUAGUGGAAAAAAUUUUUAUCCGACUGAAUCUCAUAAGGUCCCUUCAAAAUUUACUAGUCCAGUAAAUGAAUUAAAUAAUAAAACAGUAUGUUGUCCUUUUGAAAAAUCACCAACAAAUAUCCCAUCUGAAGAUAUGCAAACAAUUCAAAAAUUAGACCUAUCUCAUGAAUCGUUAGAAGAUGAAGUGUCAGUGAUAAAUAACAAACAUGAGGAUAAGCUACCAAUUACUGAUGAUGUUUCAGUAUCAUUCACUUCUAGUAGAAAAAACUCGUUUUCAUUACCUGAAUAUAACAAUAAUCACGAUGUUGUUGAUAUAAUGAAAAGUAAAAAUUCCGAUAAAGAAGAAGGUGAAUUAUCUUCUGGUGAUGAUGAAAAAGAGAAUUCAUUUGAAGAUGAUAGUCGAGCUAAAAAACCACAUUUGAACAAUGAUAACGAUGUUAGUGGUGAUGUUGGCGAAGAUUCAAUCAACUGUUCAUCUAACGGAACAUCAUCUUUACAAGAUUCGUUACCUAAACUAGUUGAAGAAGUGCCAAGUACUUGUAAUAACGUUGUAUAUAAUAAACCAACUCAUUUUGGAAAUAGAUAUCGUAAAUUUAGACGUGGUAAUCUAACCAAAAGAUCUUGUUUAACAUCACCAUCAAAUAUUCAACUGUCGGAAUCUGAUUAUAUAUCCAACCUGUCUGCCAAUACACAAAAUGAGGCACCUACUGGAACUCAAGAAAUUGUUGCUGUUAAAACUCAGGUGUUUUCUAUUAAAGACAAAGAAAAAGAAUCCCUGUUGACACCUGAUGAUAUUCGUGAAUAUUGUGGACGUCUUUUUGAAAUCAGAGUAGAAGAUACGAUAUUUAAAAGAAAUCGUGAACAUCAUUGUCCAACAGAUCUUCCUAACAAAGAAUCAGAAGACACACAGAAACCAUUACUGAUGAUGUCAGAACAGGCAAAAGUUAUUCGAUAUCAAAUACCAUCGGCUGACGGAAACAUUUCGCAAAAGCAGCCUAAAGAGGGCAUGAUCAAUAUGACUGGUAAAUCAUAUGUUUGCAUUCUUCAUGAAUAUUGCCAAAAUGUUAUACGUCGUCCGCCGACAUAUCAGACAACAGUUCUUGAAAAUGAAAAAAAUCCCUAUCAAAUGACAGUAUUUAUUAACGGUAAUCCAUACGGAACGGGUACAGGGCAAAGUAAAAAGUGUGCAAGAUUAGAAGCGGCUCGUAAGGCGCUUGAAGUUUUAAUUCCGGAUUUUCAAAAGAUUGUAUGUAACGAUUCACAUCAAACAGGUCCAGUGGUAGCUUCUGAUCGUGAUAUGCAGUUGUUCGAUUCCAUUUCAGUGACUGAUCCACGUUUAUAUGAAUUAUCUGUGCGUAUGGCAUUACCUACUCCAUAUAAUCUACUUGUUGAAUGUUUAAAUCGAAGUUGUGUUCCUGAGUCUGAUUUGAAGUCAAAUAUGAUAUCUCAAGGACGCAGUAAACACUUUUUCACUUUACAGCUGAGAGAACAUACUGUUAAGGUUAGAUGUAAAAACAAAAGAGAAGGUCGUCAUUUGUCUGCUCAACAUCUUUUAGCCCGCCUACAUCCUGAAGUUAAUACCUGGAGUGGUCUUUUGCGUAUGUAUGGUCCAGGGAGUAAACCAGACAAGCGAAAUGAACUGGAAACAAUACAAGAUGCACAGACUCAACAGAAGUCUGCUGUAAAAGCCAGUUUAAUUCGUUUAUUGAAAGCGAAAAUGAGUGAAUUAGCUGACCAAUGGGUAAGUAACUGUUUUUAAUAAAAAGAUUUUGCUUUAAUAUGUGGAGUUGAAAUAAUCUCAUCUAUCUUGAACUCCGAACUUUUCUAUUUUAACUGUUAGGUUGUUGAAGUGGUUUUUACCUAAAAUUUACCAGCUUGCAUAGUACGAUCAUUCUUAUGACGUUAUUUCUAUCCGUUUAUCUGUUGAGGUCUUUUUGAUAGGACACCCAAGUCUCUCUUUUGAUAUCACACUCUUAUCUAGCUUACAAUGUUAAUUAUCUGAAAAAUAUGGAACACUAGUCAGUAUAUGUGUUAUGAAUUUAAAAAAUAAUUUAGCUGUCUCCAAUUUGUUAUGUCCGGAUUUUUAUCACGUGAUUUAUUCAUCAAUCGAAAUACGACUUUUCCAAUCUUGACACUGUGCCAGAUCAAUGACGUUCGACCAGUAUGAGCAUUCUAGCGUCCUUAUUAACCCCUUGUCCGCCUAGCUCUUCCAAUUGAGUCCAAAAACACUAAUUGCAUCUUCUGCUAUGCGAAUCCUUUAUUUCAAGCAUACUCGGUUUAUAUACCAGACAGACAGACCGCAUCAUAUCAUAACAUAGAAAAUAAUAUUUGUACAAGAUCAAGCUAAAUGCGGCUGUGGACAUGGGAGACAAUAAUCAAUAAACUGAGUAUAAUUUAGGAACAGUAAUUCCUAUAAUAAUGAUUCAUAGGUCAGAAUGAAGCUUAUAAUAAGAUAAAUAUAGAUAUACACAAUCUAGUUACUCAAUAGUUAAGCAAUAAGAAUAUAUAUAGAAUAAUAGUCCAUUAAUAGGUCCUGGGAGUUACCCGUACUUCUGUCUUCACCAGGAUAUAACAAUAUGUUGUUUAAGAUUUAGAUUACUAUUGUUAUUUAUUUCGUUAUAUAGAAUUUCUCAGUUAUAACCAAUCCCGAAUGAAUGGAUUUAUUCAAGGAAAAUCAUUUGUUUAUUUCAUGUAAAUAUACUUUCUUUUAUAUUGUCUACGUCUUAGAUAUUUCCCCUCUCCCUAAAAUGGUUUGAUAAAGUUUCGUAAUCAAAUAUCACUUUAUUGAUGCAUGUUUUUAACAAAGAACACGUAUAACAUUCUGUGGUAGUUACCAAAAUGUGUCAGAUGUGUACAAAACAUCUACUGUUUAGAAUAUAUGAAUGAGGUUUUUAACCACUGAUUAGUUGCUGAUCGAUAGCCAAGAUGAUGUUCAGUUACUUGUUCUGGAUUUUCAUAAACCCAGUACCAUAGUUGGUAACUUUUAUUUAUUUAAUUACAUGUAACUCAGUAACGAAGUUUAAAUUUGUAUACUUAGGUUUCAGCUACACUUUUUGUGAAAGUUAUUGCCACUAACUACCCUUAGCUUCACUAAACAGUGGGGUUUAAACUUUCAGAAUCGACUGUUCAAAUCUGAGCGCUUUAACCAUUGAGUUAUUACUUCAUUAUAAACAUUUUUCAUGUGAUCAUAACAUUCGAUUUCAUUUACUUCCGGUAUAGAUUUUUUGUUUAUAAAGCAACCAGUAGAAAACCCCGAACUAUUUAGUUACAAUUUGAUGAUGACUUUGCAACUGGUGUUGAAUGAUGUGUUUACAAGUAUUCUUACUUAUGUAUGUUACCAAGCAACCAGUCAUACUCCAUGUCUUUGGGAAAUUCGAUACAUUAUCCAAUUGGUAUUUAUAGUAGUGGUCCUGCGCUUCCACAUUACCUUUUAUUUCCAUGAUCAAUCCCAAAGUUGACGGUAUUUCCUAGAAUUUUUCAUUAUAGUUCUAUCACAUUUGAACAUGUGAACACAUUAUAUUACGUAUGUCUUAUGAAUAAAUAACUAGUUUUGUGUCUUUCCAUGAAUACUUCCUGUUGACACAGCAUCAUUGUUUGCUACCCUAGUAACAUUUAUUCUUUCUUGACUUUUAAUAUCAAUUUUGUGACCAGCCCAAUGUAAUUAUUCGAAUCUCCCUGAAUUCCUUGAUACUUUGUUUUGAAUUUAGGAAAAGUCUGGCGGGAGUUUGAAUCCGAAAGGGAAGUUUUUUGUUUCACCCUACAAUCUUCCUGUGGUCGCUUUCCAUCCCGACUCUGAGGGUGACUUGUACAGUUCUGCACCAAUUGCAUCUUCUUCCUCACCAACCAUACAACCCUCAACAUCAGAUUAGUCGAUUUUGUGUAAAGUAAUUUUCAUUUCCCCUAAUAAAACAUUAUUUCCAUUAUUCUUCCGGUACUGUUUGUUGAUUUUGCUGUAUUUACUUUCUUACUGUAUUGAAUACAAGUCAUAAUACAUAACACAUGACCAGUU